ACGCUGGCCCUGUUAUUGAAAACAUGAAAAUGAUAUUACUCCAUAAACCACAGAGUAUGAUGACACAUGUGUAACAUGGCACCACCAGGAAAGAAGAAGAGUGCCAUCUAGAAAGAUGACUAGCAGUUGUACGUCUGGUGACUUCUUAACCAACAGCUCCUGCAUCCAUGUGCCAACAAAUUUGUUCAGUUGAAUUCUGAUUGAUGGUUCUUCCAUCCACCAAGAGGUACAAAUCUAGGUUCGUAAUCAACAAAAUAUGUGGAAUAAUUCCAAGUAUUGUUUAUUAGGUGAUGUUGAUUGAAGAUACAGGAUACAUCAAUAUACUAUCUCAAAGUUUUUAAAUAAUAUUUAAGAACAAGCUUUAAAAAUGUUGGUUAUCACCAAAGUGAUGUUGAACAUAGGAAAUUACAGGAAUAUUUCAUGUGAUCUUUUACGGAAACUUGCCUGCUGAUUUAAGCAAAUAUGUCGGCUAAGGAGUACUACCAAAUGCGGCACACCCGUGGGGACUUCAUGAACUUCGGCUCCUUAGAGGACUUCUUGGAAGAGAGAGGCAAUACAAUUGAUCAUGCUGGAUGGUCAUUGCGGCACCUCCAGCGUAAAUUCAAAGGAAUGGAUAUCGAGGAAUUGUACGAGAAAUAUUGCUUGUGGCUGAAGAACGCGUUGUUGUCUUUGUUUUGUUUGAUGGGAUUAUUAAACGCAACUUGUAUGUUGGUGUUGAAUAUUAUAUAUCACAAGAAUCACCUUCAUUGGGAUCAGCUUAGUCUUCUUAUUAUAUCUACUAUUUUAUUCCUUAUAUUCUUUAUAAUUACAAAUAUUGAAACCAUUGUUCGUGGACUCAUGCUAACAGUCUCCGUUAUAGUGUGGUUGAUCAUUUUACUCUCGACGUAUGUAUUAAUUGCGCUGCAAAAAACACAUUAUCCCAUCGACGAAGUUGGAACUAUCAUGUUUAUUACUAUAUUGGUAUAUACUAUGUUGCCGUUGUCGCGGCUUCAAGCGGUAGGAAUUGGUGUUAUUACCUGUUUUCCGCAUGUAGUCAUACUGGCUGUGCUUUCAAAUCAGGGUGAUGUGGAGGACAAACUACUACAAAUAUUUGCUAAUUUUGUCAUAUUUGUGUGUGUUAAUUUUACUGGAUUGUAUCAUAAGCAUUUACUGGACAUAGCUCAACGACGAACUUUUCUUGACACCAGAAGCUGCAUUGAGUCCAGGAUAAAGUUAGAGCAUUCCCAAGCUCAGCAGGAGCGUCUUUUACUCUCCGUAUUGCCUGCACAUCUAGCGUUUGAAAUGAAGACGGAGAUGAUGGAACGGGUGCGAGCGCCAACGAUACAGCGCUCACCGCACAGAAAUGCAAUGAACACUACACAUUUUCAUAACCUCUACGUCAAACGACACAAAAAUGUCAGUAUCCUAUACGCUGAUAUCGUUGGAUUUACUGGGCUAGCUAGCGAGUGCUCACCGCCUGAACUUGUGAAAACACUCAACGAACUGUUUGGGCGCUUUGAUAGAUUAGCGGAGGAAAAUAAUUGUAUGCGAAUAAAGAUUCUUGGUGAUUGUUACUACUGUGUAUCUGGUUUACCAAUCUCAAGACCGAACCAUGCCAUUAACUGUGUUGAGAUGGGGUUGGCUAUGUGUGAUGCCAUCCUGAAUGUUCGAAAGGCUACAGGUGUGGAUGUAAACAUGAGAGUUGGGGUGCACACAGGCAAUGUACUAUGUGGCGUUCUUGGGCUCAGGAAGUGGCAGUACGAUGUCUGGUCACAUGAUGUGAGUUUGGCCAAUCACAUGGAGAGUGGUGGAUUACCGGGGAAAGUGCACAUAACCAUGGCAACGCUUGAACACCUCAAUGGAAAAUUUGAAGUGGAAGAAGGCAACGGCCAAGCAAGGAGUCAGUAUCUCAAGCAGAAUGAUGUUCAGACGUUCUUCAUCAUUCCACCUAAAUCCUCGGAGGAAGAAAUGCUUCAUGCCGAGAAUGAUGAGAAGGAAAUGAACCGCACAAGAGCUUCCAAGAAGAUGGCACGCUACCUUGAAACGUGGGGAGCCGAUAAACCAUUCGCAAACUUAGCAUUUCUUCCAGUUACGCGAUCUAUAGGUUUGUCAGGAAUUUAUGCCAUCAACAGCUGCCUCUUCCCAUUAUCUAUAAUGGAGCACAAUACAAAGAUUCAUCGACAUUCUAUCAUGUUUGAUAGAAGAGUGAAUGAGAGAAUGUACGAAGCGAUUGAUGGAAUUAAUUCCGAAAAUCGUCUGUGCAUGAACUCGGAGGAUUUAGAAUUCGGCACCAUGAUGUUCAAAGUCAAAAACUGGGAAAAACGGUACAGUGAGCUGGCAGAUCCCUCAUUCAAGUAUUACAUUGGUACAUCAUUCUUCAUCUUCAUCUGUAUCGCGGCCACUCAGUUUUUGACGAUGCGCAAGACGCCGCUUCUCUACAUCUCCUUCACAAUUUGCUGUCUUUUACUCUUGUGCAUACUCCUUGUUGGAAUGGCUGAUCAACUUCUGUGUCAUAAGAAGUUCACUGCUGCCUGGAUUGCGCAGAUGGUUUCAUCUAAUAGGUCACUUCGCUGUGCUCUUGCCCUAAUUACAAUUACCAUCACUCUAUUGGUGUCUUUUGUUAAUGUGAUAGACUGUCCCUUAGAACCCAGUAAGGACAUCUUGCCAACCAAUAAUCAACUCAACACAUCAGCAGUAAAUUCUUAUAAAUCUGAAGCUGGGAAUAACAUUGGUGAAUCAAGCAAUAUUAGCGUUAUAUACACAACAGUUACUAGCAUCAGCAAGGUUUCACAAGUUUGCCCGUUUCCAGCUUAUAUGCCUUUCUCAGCAAUGCUUGCCAUGUUAAUGGUGAUGAUGUUUAUGAGGAUUGGCUUCCUCGUCAAGGCUGUUGUCAUGGCAAUUAGCUUUAUUUUCUACUGUUUCAUCAUUCACUUAACACAUCGUUCUGUUUUCGAAAAUUAUGAUCAAGUAGCCGAUAGUGUAGAUGAACAUAUUCCAAUGGCGGUAUCUACAACGAUGCAGCUAGCUUUGAUUUGUAUAACAUUGUUUCUUCUGGAUAGACAGCUUUGUUAUAUGUCAAGAUUAGGUUUCCUGUGGCAAAUGAAAUUUAGAGUUGAGAGAGAAGAAGUAGAAACUAUGGAGUCAUUGAACAAAGUGCUUCUUGAGAAUAUGUUGCCAGAGAAUGUAGCAGGCCACUUUUUGAAACGAAAGAUCAAAGCCGAUGAACUUUACCAUCAGUCAUAUAAACUCAUUGCUGUAAUGUUUGCCUCAAUUCCAAAUUAUAAAGAAUUCUACAUGGAAACAGAUAUCAACAAAGAAGGAUUAGAAUGUUUAAGAUUACUCAAUGAAAUAAUUGCUGAUUUUGAUGAGCUAUUAUCAAAGCCCAAGUAUAGCUGUGUUGAAAAGAUCAAAACAAUAGGGAGUACAUACAUGGCAGCAGCAGGCCUGCACCAGGACAAUGAGAACAAUGAUGCAUCAUUCAGCGAUGCCUACAAGGACCAGGCAUGCCAGCGCCAAGCCCUGUACUAUGUUGGUGUCCUCACUGAAUUUGCCAUGUCAAUGCAAACCAAACUAGAGCAACUAAACAAACACUCAUUCAAUGAAUUCAAGCUUAGAAUAGGUAAGAAUGUGUUAUGUCCUUGAUUUGAUAAACCAACC